AUGAAAAGUUGUUUAAUGCUUGCUACACUGGCUUCAGUCCCUAAAUCUGUCCCCACCAAAAAGCCAAUAUUUGGUGAUCCUUCAGAUUCACAUGAGCCACCCCCCUAUAGGGGACCCUUUUGUUCCUCUGCUGCCCAGUUAUAUCCAGAUUUGAAAAACUUACCCCCACCUCCUCCCCUGGUGGUUCGAUUACCGGACAAACAGCAUUCACUGGACACCCCACCUGAAUCCCCUGUUACAGCUCUUUCUAGUCCCCCUGGUACCACCAUUCAGUCUGUCCCCAGAACUAACCAGCCUGUAUCCAGUGCCUUACAUAGCAUGGAUUAUUCCUUGCCAGCAGAGGCUUUUCUUACGUCCCUCAAAGCCUCCACUAGUCAUCGAUAUGACCUUAAGGCUAGGUCUGGUGCUAAAAUCUUGCCCCUCAGAGCCCAACUUGGUCUGCCUGUCCUGGAUGCAUGUGGUUUAUUAAAUCAUGUGGUUAAUUAA